UUUACAGGCAGAGUGGAUGUGAACUUUUAUUUAUUUAUUUUAUCACGUGUGAUAUUUCGGUUAAAUCUCUGCGAAUGGCGCCCUACCUCGUUUCACGAGUGAAUUACGGGAGGUGACAGAAGCGCCGUCUGCGUUGUGUUGAACUCGUCCGCUCGCGAAGCGCGAGAGCAGCAGUCGCUCGUGUGUGUGUGUGUGUGUGUGUGUGUGUGAGCGUGUUUCUGGGCUGGAGUUAAAGAGAGUAUGUUUAUCACUCAGGAGGGACAGAGGGAGGGGAACGAGACGCUUCCGUUGGUGUCGGCAGGUGCCCUCCCCUCAUCACAUUUCUAGCACUGACAUGGUGCCACUUCUGCACAAUUCCGGCUCUCAGGCGGCUCGUGCACUCGGAGCUAGAGCGGCGCGGAUGCUCGCCACUUGCAGGCAGGUGACUCGCACAAUCAGGCGAAGACCCUCGCUGUAGCCGGCAUACCUCCUAAUAAAGACACCAAACCCCGCCGAGGAGAAUCUGAACUCUGUCACCGACCAGGAUCUCUGCGCAAAGUUUUCCUCGGUGCCCAAUCACAUUAUAUGCGCGCCUCGCCGGUGCCAAGCGCGCGUGUCCGUCCGGCGCUGGCGAUGCAAUGCCGCGCGACCACGGCGCCGACGAAAGCACCUCUGGCCUCUGGAUGAAAGCGUCUCCGGGGCGCCGGGGCGAAAACUACGGCUUGAAGGAUGUGGAGGGCGGACGGGGGGCGAUGAGCGGCACCGAGAGUGCGAGGAGAGCCCGGGGCGCGCGUCUCAGUCUGCUCGGCAAGCCGCUGACAUACGGCGCGCAGAGCGGCCGGCGGAACGCGCGCUACCGGAAGCUGCAGAACUACCUGUAUAACGUCCUGGAGAGACCGCGCGCCUGGGCCUUUGUCUACCACGCGUUUGUCUUCAUCCUGGUGUUUGGCUGUCUGGUCCUGUCUGUGUUUUCCACUAUCCCGGAUCAUAUGGACCUUUCUAAUCAUUGCCUACUCAUACUGGAGUUUGUAAUGAUCGUUGUGUUCGGUCUGGAGUACAUCAUUCGCAUCUGGUCUGCUGGAUGCUGCUGUCGCUACAGAGGAUGGCAAGGAAGACUGCGCUUUGCUAGGAAGCCCUUCUGUGUCAUAGACAUAAUAGUUCUUAUUGCGUCCAUUGCUGUUGUGUCGGCCGGCAGCCAGGGAAACAUUUUUGCCACGUCUGCACUGCGCAGCCUUCGCUUCUUACAGAUCCUGCGGAUGGUGCGCAUGGACCGGAGAGGGGGUACCUGGAAACUUCUGGGAUCUGUAGUCUAUGCCCACAGCAAGGAGCUGGUAACUGCCUGGUACAUUGGGUUUUUGGUACUGAUCUUCUCCUCAUUUCUGGUUUACUUGGUGGAGAAAGAUUUAAACAAACAGUUUACCACCUAUGCUGAUGCACUUUGGUGGGGGACGAUCACUCUCACUACCAUUGGCUACGGAGAUAAGACACCACAGACCUGGCCAGGUCGACUCCUGUCAGCAGGUUUUGCUUUGCUGGGGAUCUCUUUCUUUGCCCUUCCUGCGGGGAUACUAGGCUCAGGCUUUGCUCUAAAGGUGCAGGAGCAGCACAGACAGAAACACUUUGAAAAGAGGAGAAACCCAGCUGCCAGUCUUAUACAGUGUGUUUGGCGUAGUUAUGCGGCUGAUGAGAACUCGGUUUCCAUUGCUACCUGGAAGCCUCAUUUGAAGGCAUUGCAUACCUGCAGCCCUACAAAGAAAGACCAGGGCGAAUCCACCACCAGUCAGAAACUGAGCUUUAAGGAACGGGUGCGCAUGGCCAGUCCUCGUGGUCAGAGCAUUAAGAGCAGGCAGACAUCUCUGAAUGACAGACGUUCUCCUGUGACUGAGGUAGCAACAGAUGGGAGCAGCCCAGCCAAGGUACAAAAGAGCUGGAGUUUCAAUGACCGAACACGUUUCCGACCCUCGCUCAGGCUCAAAAGUCAAUCACGCACCAUGCCUGAAGCUGACAGUUUAGGAGGAGAGGAAUGCUUUGAUGAGAAAGGCUGUCAUUGUGAUGUGACCGUGGAGGAUCUGUCUGCUCCUCUGAAGACAGUUAUCAGAGCUGUCAGAAUAAUGAAGUUCCACGUGGCCAAGAAGAAGUUUAAGGAGACUCUCCGGCCAUAUGAUGUGAAAGAUGUAAUUGAACAGUACUCAGCCGGACACUUGGACAUGCUGUGUCGCAUCAAGAGUCUCCAGACUAGGUUGGACACAAUAGUGGGUCCACCACAGACCCUCAGCAGCAAAGCCAAGACUUUUUCCUCUCCCUCACUGCACUCGUAUUACAGACAUGCCAAGAGGAAGCAUUCAGCCCCAGGACUUGUCUCAGGCUUUUGUCCACAGCAGAGCCUCAACAGCAAAGCCAGGAACCUGUCCUCUCCUACUCUGCACUUGUAUUACAGUCAAUCCAAGAAGAAACCCACCAGCUCAGGGGUGGACCAGAUCUUGGGAAAAGGGCAUAUACCAAUGGACAGGAAGAUAAGGGACCGGAUCCUUCCAGAGGGCGAGUCUCUAGAGCAUGACAUGAGCAUGCUGGGCCGUGUAUGCAAGGUAGAGAGGCAGGUGCAGUCCAUUGAGUCGAAGUUGGACUCCUUGUUGGAUAUCUACCGUCAAGUUCUCCAUAAAGGCUCUUCCUCAGUAUUGGGCCUUUCAGCUCUUCCUCUGUUUGAGCUGGAGCAGACUUCAGACUACAACAGCUCCAUCCAGAGCAAAGAUAUCUCCUCCACUCAGCUAAGCAGAAGUGGGAUUUCUCGCUCAGUCAGCGAUAACUUGCCCUGCAGCCUUCAGCUUGUCCUGGCACCUAGUGAGCUCAACAUGGGCACUGGUUUCACAGCGUCCUCUUCCUCUUUCACCCCAUCUCCCCUGCUUCAAAAUCCACCAUCAAGCCCAGACAGUGUGUACCCAGCUUCCCCCCCUCCCAUACUUACUCCAAACAACCUUUCCAGGGCUCAUUCCAACUUUCCAGAGCUGACCAGGCCUCUUCCUAUGACUACCCCCAACACACAUACACUCCAGCUGCCAACUGUGGCUCCACUGCCUCCAAGCAGGCCUUCCAGCAUGAUCUCAGAGGCACUGCAAGAAAGCAAUCCUAAUGCUUGCCUGCUUAACACCCAGACUAAAGCUGUUUCAGAUACAGAGGUUAAAUGUACAGAGAGCACAGUGCAGCUCAGGAGCAGGCCUGAGCGCAACCCCAAGGAGGAGGGCUCCUGGAGGAGACACUUGAGUCUCGAAAUGAAUCCACUGAGCCUCACAUCUUCAGCAGCAGCCAACCGGCUUCAGGCCGACCGGGCAUUGGGAAAGUCACUCUCUGCACAGAACCUCAUGCUGCCAUCAGGCACAGAGUGCCACCCCAACCUGUCUGCUCGGAGUAGCGGCAGCAGCAACAAUGAGUCUAAUGACCGGGAGACGCUGACGGACUGGGGAGAAACAGAACUUUUUGUCACUGACAAAGAGCUGGCCACCAGCAAGGGGAACUUCAAUAUGCUCUCUCAGCAGAGUACAGAUGCCAGCUUCUCAGCAGACCUUGUGCAAAUGGUAGCCAGUGGACCAACUCAGAGCCAGACAAGGCCCCUGGGCAGCUCAGAGUCUCUAAGCUUGCCUCAUGUCCUUAUAAAAUAAUACUAACAGCAGCCUCAGCGUGGAGACUGGACACACUCUAUUAUCUCUUACUCACAUUUUCCAAAGGAAAGAGGGUGGCAGCUUCACUUAUUUGCCUUUUCUAAGUUUCAGCAUAAGUUGGUUAAAAAAAGUGAUGUUCCUCAUACCUUUAUGUUCUUACAUGCCAUUGCAUGGAUAGUUUUGUCAUAAUGGGAAUUUUAGCGAAGUAGAAGGUAUUUGGCAUUAAACGAUGACAUGAAGGAUUAUGGUACUGAAUGAGCUCUGAUCUCAGUCUUGCAUGUGCACUUGCAUGUUUAAAAUGCAACCACACGAAGGAUUGAGAAUAUUUAUGCAUUUAUUAACAGCCUACUCAGUCUUAAAAUUCAUAGUUGAGUCUCCUUUUUAUACCAUGCUUUAUUCAGUAAUGUAUGUCUGACUUAAAUCAAACAUUUUACAAAUUAAAGGUAUCAAGGAUAAGCACCAUGCAUAUUUGAGGCUAUUUCCAAAAAAUAGUUGUAAUGUUUCAGAUAACCAGGGUUUUUUUACAUGACUGCCUAGAAACCUGCAUCAAUAUCAUCAACACUGACUUCUUAUGAUUUUAUAUAUAUAUAUAUAUAUAUAUAUAUAUAUAUAUAUAUAUAUAUAUAUAUAUAUAUAUAUAUAUAUAUAGGUUUUUAUUGUGUAGCCUCACAUAUAACAUGAUUUUUCUCACAUUUGUAUUCUGUUUUAUUCUGUUGCCCACUGCAGUCUUAAAGUCAACCUAAAAUGCUGCUUACCAUUCUUCUGUUAGCUGGUUGUCAGUACAACAUCAAUAAGAAUGUAACACAUAUAUGAUGUCAAUAUCUGUUUGUAUAUCGUGAGACAAGCCUACUUGUGUUGAAGGAAUUCUGGACCUACGCAAAGCCUCUGGUACACACUGAGGAUGAUCUUGGCACUGUAGCUUACAACAGUUGGAAGCACAAUUGUUCAAAGAAUUACAGGAAACCUGCAAAUGUGAUGAAGGUUUUUUUAUUUUAAUCAUUCAUAUUUGUAAUCCAGAUAUGUGGACAUUAUAUGAUACUGGGUGUUUGAUUUGUGUUCCAUGGAUUCACUAAAAUACACAUAUAUUUGAGUUGCAGAAAAAGUAAAGUAGAUUAAUGUUAUUAAUUAACACAUUUUAGGUAAUUUUUAUUUGUAACUAAAUGCUUCAUGGUGCCUUUUUGCAAAGUUCAUUGAUGUUACCUGUUCUGAUUCUCUUUAUCCUCUUGCUUUGGGAAUUUGUUAAGAGUUUAGGUUGAGAUAAUGGCACAUUUCUAUUUGAUUGUGUACUAAGCCUUUGUUGUUGGUCUUUGUUUGUUUGUUUGUUUGUUUUGCCACUAAUUCAGUAAUUUAUUACACAAAACUGGCCUUAAUAUACAUGCUUGAUAAUGUUACCAUUCUGUUAUGCUGAUUAAUUUAUUUUUAACUAUGUGCACAUAACAGAGCUGAAGCUCUGGGUUUGAAGAAAAAAAAUGCAAAAAUAAACUUUAUCAUACUUCAAUAAAGAAAUGACUUGAACUCA